ACACCAACAAACACUGAAAACGAUGAGAACCAAGAGAAGCAUCGGGCGCUAACAGGCGAGCAGACGCCCGACUACUGGACCAACAUGGCGCGGGCCUCCAUCGAUGAAGCCCUCCGCCUGCAGACCCUCAACACGAACGUGGCCAAAAACGUGGUGCUGUUCCUGGGAGACGGGAUGGGCGUUUCCACGGUAACCACGGCACGGAUCCUGAAGGGACAAAAGGCGGGAAACCCGGGAGAGGAGACCGUGCUGGCCAUGGACUCAUUACCUUAUACCGCCAUGUCUAAGACGUACAACAUUGACAAACAGGUGCCUGACUCAGCAGCCUGUGCCACAGCGUUCCUUUGCGGUGUCAAAACGAACCUCGGACUUCUCGGUCUGGACGGGAGAGCCACGUACAAAAACUGCAGUUCCGCCAAAGGUCACGAGGUGGAGUCCAUUAUUGAGCACGCAGAGAAAGCAGGAAAGUCCACAGGAAUCGUCACCACCACCCGUGUGACCCACGCCACGCCGGCGGCAGGGUACGCGCACACGGCUUCCCGCAAUUGGGAGGCCGACAGCGAUCUGACGGCGGAGGCCCGGGAGAACAACUGUACAGACAUCGCCUAUCAACUGGUGGAAGAAGCACCCGACAUAGAGGUAAUAUUAGGUGGCGGUCGCCGGGCUUUUCUAACAAACAACAUGACGGAUCCUGAAGACGGGUCGAAGGGUACCAGGAAAGACGGCAUAGCUUUGAUCCAAAGGUGGCUUGACAGGAAAACCGGACCAGCCCGAUACGUCUGGAACGAAACGGAAUUCAACAGUGUGGAUCCGAAGUCAGUAGAUUAUCUUCUCGGUCUGUUCGAACCAAGCAGCAUGCAGUACUCCGUUGACCGGGUCAACGACACGGCAGGAGAGCCCAGCUCCGACAUGACCAGGAAGGCGAUACAAGUCCUGCAGAAGAACAGGAAUGGAUUCUUCCUACUGGUUGAGGGAGGCCGCAUCGACCACGCCCAUCACGCGUCCAAGGCCGUCAAAGCUUUAGAAGAAACCGUGGUGUUUGAUGACGCUGUGAAGGUGGCUAAAGACAUGCUGGACACAUCUGACAGCCUCAUUGUGGUGACGGCGGACCACUCCCACACAAUGACGUUUGCAGGGUACCCCAAGAGGGGACACUCCAUAUUUGGAAAAUUGGAGAGCUCCGGGGUAAAAGACGACCUACCGUACACGGCGCUUCUGUACGGCAUCGGCCCUGGGUACAAACUCACGGCAAACGGCACCCGGAAAAACAUUACAGACGUUGACACGGCAUAUAAGGAGUACAGACAGCAGAGCGCUGUUCCACGAAAGACUGGCACGCACGCAGGGGAGGACGUCAUUAUCAUGGCAGACGGACCCAUGGCACACCUGUUUCACGGCGUACAGGAGCAACACUACAUCGCACACGUUAUGAUGUACGCAGCCUGUCUGGGGGAGUACUCCCACGACUGUGACACGCGCACACCGACAGUGAACCCGAGACCCAGUAGAAGUGCAGGAAUCAGCAGAUCCGCUAGAGGGGACAUUUAUGCCAUCACGUUAACAGUGAGUAAACAGUACGCGCACGUUCAUGACGUUAUGGCAGCGAAGAUGGCUGGAGCUAGAGCCGCUCUGCUGGUGUGUUCCCUGCUGACUGCUCUCAUAACGGUGACGUCAGGAUCUCUAGAUCUGGACGGCCUAGCUCACCGAGGACCCCGGGCACGGUCUAACAACAGAGACUAUGGCGGCGCUCCUGAGGCCGAGGAGAACCCGGAGUUUUGGAACCACAUGGCGGAAAGAUCAAUUCAAAAUGCCUUACAUAUUCAGCGGAGCCACAACACGAAAAUUGCCAAAAACGUGGUGCUGUUCCUAGGCGACGGGAUGGGCGCGGUCAGCGUGACGUCAGCACGGAUUCUGAAGGGACAAAAGGCGGGAAACCCUGGAGAGGAGACUGUGUUGGCCAUGGAUACUCUGCCGCACGUGGCACACUCGAAGACCUAUAACAUAGACGCCCAGACCCCGGACUCCGGGGCAACUGGCACGGCGUUUCUGUGCGGCGUGAAGGCGAGGUUCGCGACGAUCGGAGUGGACGGCAGGGCGCGGAUAGAAGACUGUUACUCUACAAAGGGCAGGGAAGUCCAGUCUGUAUUAGCCUGGGCAGAAAGGGCAGGCAAGUCCACGGGCAUCGUGACGACAACCCGCGUGACCCACGCCACCCCGGCGGCAGCCUACGCCCACACUGCCUACCGAGAGUGGGAGGUGGAUAGCGUUCUUUCGCCUGAAGCUGCCCAGGACGGCUGUAAGGAUAUCUGUGCUCAACUGGUGGACGACAAUCCCGGCAUAGAGGUGAUACUAGGCGGUGGUCGAGUGAUGUUCCAUAACGGGACCGACCCGGAGUAUCCGGACGACCCCGGAUCUAACGGCGUCCGGAGUGACGGCAGGAACCUGGUGCAGGACUGGCUGCUCGGGAAGACAUCAGCUCGUUACGUCUGGAACGGGACGGACUUCCGAACCGUCAAUCCACAAACUACGGACUAUCUUCUGGGACUUUUUGAACCGAGUCAUAUGAAGUACAUGACAGACAGAGAGGAUUCUCCAACAGAAGAACCCACUCUAGCGGAAAUGACGCGAACUGCCAUUCAGAUACUGCAGAAGAAUAGAAACGGGUUCUUCCUGCUCGUCGAAGGCGGUAAGAUAGACCAUGGACAUCACGAGGGAAAGGCAGUGAAGGCCAUCAACGAAGCCGUUGCCUUUGACGACGCCGUACAGGUAGCUAAAGACCUGCUGAACCUGGAUGAGACUCUCAUCGUCGUGACGGCUGACCACGCCCACACUGUCAGUCUGGGGGGCUUCGGAGGGGGAAGAGGCAGCCCCAUAUUUGGUAAGCUGGACCCGAAUCUCUGGGACUUCCAACUUGUCCCUGACGGUAAGCCGUACACCCCGCUCCUGUACGGCUCCAGUCCCGGCUACAACAUGUCGGGAGGCUCUCGUGAGAACAUCACCAACGUGGAUACAGAAAAUCCGGAAUACCUGCAGCAGAGCGCCGUGCCCAUGAUUGUGGCGAGUCAUGGGGCGGAGGACGUCGCCAUCUUUGCUGACGGCCCCAUGGCUCACCUGUUCCACGGCGUGCACGAGCAGAACUACAUCGCUCACGUCAUGAAGUACGCGGCCUGUCUGGGGGAGUACGCGGAUGAUUGUGAUCGGGAAGAAAGGGUGGCGUCUGGAACCGCUAGGGGGAGCUUCAGCACUGCUGUUGUAUUGUCUUCCAUCUUCUUACUGCUUGUCUGGUGGUUUUAAGUGUACCAUCUGUGCAAUUACAGUUUAAUAGAGAUGUGGUGAUGGAAAGAUCUACAGCAGCUAGGCAGAGCCUCUUCACAGGGGCUAUGUUUUUGCAGAUUGUUUGGGCACAAUAUCAAAGCACAUUCGUGGUUCUGAGGAAGCAUGUGCACUGACAGGAAUUGUAGGUAAGAUGUCAAAGGUAAAGGUCCCCGAGACAUCAACAAAGCAUGACUGGACAUUGCUAGACAAUGGUCUAGAUGAGAACUGUUUACAAGGCACCUUGACAUACUAGUAUUACCCACAAACCCUUUCGCUGAACAUGCGUGAAGCAUGAAUGUAUUUAUUCUUACGUAGGAACUGCCAUAUCGGUAAGUCACCAAAUUGAUUAAAUGUACUGACUAUGGUUUGAGCUCGUGAACAGCAAGAUUUUACAUUUAUAAAAACACGUCGUGCUGUACGCGGCCUGAAAAACGUAUCGUGUGACGUAUCGAAUUAAGGGUUAAUGACCCGCCCCGAGGUGUAUAUGGUGUCAUAACGCCUGGUCCUUUGCUAUAACCACCGAAUAAAACCACCGAGUAUUGAGAGAUAAGUUGUGAAAGGACCAAAAUGUCUGGGAGCCUUUUCCCUAGCGACAUACAUUAAAUGUUUGCUAUCACCUUCUAACGCAUUGUUACUAUGCAGGACGAUGUGGUAUAACCAGUUUUUCUUGCUACUACUUAUUAUUUUGUUACGACAACAGGGCACAUCUUGGAAA